UCCGCCCGAACGCCAGACACGCAUAAUAUGGCCCUCAGAACGCCCGCAACAGCUCUUAGAGCACCUUUCACCCCCAUACGCUGCAUGUCCUCAGCAGCCCGUCCAUCCGCUGUCUCGAAAAAUACCUCUUCCCCUCAACCGUCAGCCCCGCGAGUCUACACUGCUCGAAAAACGUUCCUCUGGAACUUGUACAACCAAGUCUUAACGAAAUCAUCCCUUGUUCUGGUUUUCGACCAUGCAAACAUAUCUGCGGCUGAAUGGUCCAAACUAAGGCGUGCUGUUGGGUCAAUCAAGAGGCCGAUUGUCCCUUACAACCCCAGGCUGCCUAAGGAGGAGCAAUUGGAAAGAGCAGAAAUCGAACCAGCGCAGUUGAUGGUCGUACGAUCCGGUGUGCUCGUCGCGACAUCCAAAGCUUGCUCGUCCCCCAUCACUCCUCAUAUCACAGGCCAGCGGGCUGUUCUUACCUGCUCCACUCUCUCCCCCACAUAUCUCAACAAAAUCCUUACCGCUCUCUCUAGAACGGUCAAAUCUAUCAAGCGAGAGAACUCUGCCAUUCAACCGACUUUGGAACUUGUGGCGGGUUUAGUGGAGGGCGGGAAGGUGAUGGGUCAGAAGGAGUUGGAGGAGUUGGGCAAGGUGCCGGAACUUGAUACGUUGCGAGCGCAGUUGGUUGGUCUUUUGGAGGGACAAGGAAGGAGUCUUGUGGGCGUUUUGAACCAGGCGGCUGGUGGAAGCUUAGUCAGGACGUUGCAAGGAUUGGAGAACGAUCUGAAGGAGAAAGAAGGAUCUGCAUGAGGAGGGGCAUGACACAUGCGGCAUUGUGGGGACAGCAGAAAAUGCAUCUAUACACC